GGCGUUGAAGUGCAUAUGUCACAAUGGAUAACAUGAUGAAAAGGAUAAUGAUUUCACCUUUCCAACCAUCAUCCAAAAGCAAAAAUGGGUUUAUUCUCUGGAAGUUCAGGCAGAACUGCAUUUGGACCUUUACCGCCAGCACCUCAUCCGAUAGGAGUGAAUGGAUUUUAUACUCAACAUACAAACGAACUUGCUUUACGAAUUCGUGAACGUAAAACGGCAUUUUCAGGAGAUGAUUUUGCAGUAAAAGAUGCAGCAAAUGGUCAAACAAUCUUUCAAGUUAAUGGAAAAGUGAUGAGUCUUUCAGGAAAGAAAGAUGUAAGAGAUGCUCAAGGUGUGGAUCUUUUUACAAUUCGUAAGAAACACAUGGCAAUUCGUAAAACAUACAAAGGAGAUGACGCAAAAACAGGUCAAGAAAUCUUUAAAGUUGAAUCUUCAGUGUUUGUCAUGGGAACCAAACUUAAAAUCACAUUCAAGAACACCGCAGGUCGUGGAGAAGAUCUCACUUUGACACUUCGAGGAGAUUUGUUUGAUCGUAAAGCAGAAAUCACCUUGGAUUCAGGACAGCCGAUUGCCCGUAUCAGUCGUGAAUUUGCAAAUGCCGGUCAAAUCUUCUUUGAUAAACAAACAUACGUCUUAACUAUUGCUCCAGGCGUUGAUGCUUCUUUGUUGCUGGCUAUUUGUGUCUGUUUGGAUGAAGCAGCCAAUGAUCAAGGUUGAUUGUCUCUUGUCAUCUUUGGAGCUACUAAAUGAUACCUGUUUCUCUUGGUG